AUCGCCGUCUUCACAGCCCUCGUGCCACCAGAGUACGGCAACCAUCGACAGAGCGCACACGGCGGUGCGAUCGCAACUCUAUUCGACAGUCUCACCGGCUGCACCCUCGCGCUCAUCUCCGAGCCAGGCUACUGGGACGGCCGCGAGGUCACGAGGAAUCUUCAGAUCAACUACUUCCGUCCGGUCCCGGUGUCCGAGAAGAUCCGCAUCGAGUGCGAGAUCGUCAACGCUGGGAAACGGCUGGCGACUGUGCGAGGGUUGAUGAAGAGGGACAGUGAUGGGACGUUGCUGGCGUCGUGCUUGCAUGACAAGUUCAACCCUGUGGCUGGCGGUGGAUCGAAGCUGUGA